AGAAAUGAACACACUUGACUAUGCUCUAUGUCCCUGAGCUCCCCGGUCACCUCACGACUUUGGAAAGACAAGAAGGAAGGCGUGGGAGUGCCAGCCCCUGAGAACAAGCUCCUUGCCCUUGGCCUUGGCCCUCCUGCUUCCGGGCCACAGCCAUGGCCACGAUGGAGACGCUCUCCCAAGAUUCCUUGCUGGAAUGUCAGAUCUGUUUCAACUACUACAGCCCCCGGCGAAGGCCCAAGUUGCUGGAUUGCAAACACACAUGCUGCUCGGUGUGCCUCCAGCAGAUGAGGACGAGCCAGAAGGACGUAAGGUGCCCCUGGUGCCGGGGCAUCACCAAGCUGCCCCCGGGCUUCUCCGUGUCGCAGCUCCCCGACGACCCUGAGGUCCUUGCGGUCAUCGCCAUCCCGCACGCGUCUGAGCACACCCCAGUGUUCAUCAAACUUCCCAGCAAUGGGUGCUACAUGCUGCCCCUGCCCAUCUCCAAGGAGCGAGCGCUGCUGCCAGGAGACAUGAGCUGCCGCCUGCUGCCCGGGAGCCAGCAGAAGGCCGUCACGGUGGUGACCGUCCCCACGGAGCAGCAACCUCUGCAGGGCGGGGCGCCCCCAGAGGCGGGGGAGGAGGAGCCAGACAGACGGGGCGUGGUGAAAAGCUCCACCUGGUCCGGGGUGUGCACUGUGAUCCUGGUGGCCUGCGUUCUCGUCUUCCUGCUGGGCAUCGUGCUGCACAACAUGUCUUGCAUUUCUAAGCGCUUCACUGUGAUCUCCUGUGGCUGAACAGGGCUGCAGGGAAGUCUCUCUUGGGUGCCAACUCGGGGUUGAGCAGGUGUUGGUGAUGGGAUCGCAGCGAGAAGAUGGGGGGGCGACGCUGAUCAUUUGGUGCCCGCCAUGGCCUCUGGGCUACCACUUGAUUAACCGGAGACAGACACGAAGGGCAGACGUGAGGUCUCAGCGAGCUACCGGGCCAGUCAUUCUGAGUGUUGGUGGCAACAGCUUCCAGGACGAUUGCAUGCAUCCUCAUAAUCAUUUAUUAAAUGGACUGUAAUUUAUGAUUUGUCCAAAUCAUGUUACGAGAUAGACCUAAUCUACUUAGAUGUUAAACCGUGCAAGUGCAUACAAUGUGAUCUUCUCUAAAUGUGGUAGAUUAAAACAGAGAUGCUUAUGUAUACAAGUAGAAUUAAACCUGAGAAUCCACGUAAAACUUCAGCGACGACGACGUGCAGUGCUGGUUUCUUUCCCCUUUGUAAUGGAAAUCUAGUCUUCAUUUAGUUGCUGAGGCUUUUUAUACUUUUUGAAUGGCACCCAAAUUAAAAUAAGUGAAGUGGACGGUCACUUUUUUUUGGAGAAAAUGUCUGAACGAGUGUUUCCAGUGUGUUGUGUUUUGUUACAUACCUUCAUUUUUCUUCCCUUGUAAUUAGAGCUCGCUACGUGUUUAUUAAACUGAAAGCCCAACAGGGGAGCAAUAAACUGAGUAAUAAUGAGAAAUGCCUAAUCCCACAGGAACCCUAUAUGCCAAUUUUUCUCAAGCUAUCCCACAAAAUAAGAAUUUUAAAUGUAAAUAUUGUGUACUUGUGUGUGUGUGCAUGUGUGUGCGUGUGUGUGUGUGUGUCAUUUGAUUUACCUCAGGUUUUGAAUCUUUUCAGAAGAAUCCCAGGAGUAAGACUUUGUGGGCCUGAAUGAGUCCAGGGUCUGACUCGGUGGCCACCUCUUGGGCACCAGGAUCCGCCCAGUGAAGUGUGGCACACUCGUCAACUUCCAACAUUUGCUCCUCUUCUGUGUAUUCAAGUCCUGUAUUCUGUGAGGCACAAAUGGAAAGUAACAGAAGAUUCUGUCUUUUUUCCCAGUUUGGAGGUAUUGUAAUAGAUGUGAGUGUUGUUCAUCGAUGACAAACCUGGACUGACAUUUUAAUAGACAGUCCAUGAUUGCUUUUUGAAAGAUGCUCCGUGAAAGUUAAACUGUAGGAUUCUCGUUUCUCCUUGUUGGUAUAAGUGAGAAAAUCUCUUGUAUUUCAAAAUAUGUUUUUAUUGAGAAAAGUGACAAGAUAAACUAAGGACUCA